UAACCCCACAAUAUUCCUCACUACCCCAACAAGUAAAAGAAGACUAGUUUUCCUAAAGUCGAUUCACCAUGUCACAGUCCAAACCAGCUAAGCUCCCAAACCCGUUUGAUCUCAGUGACUCUCAGAUUCUGGACAAAGUUUAUCUGACCCACCUCCAUGACGAUGACAAGUGUGACAAAGACAUCCUUUUGAACAUUGUGUCCAAUGUUAUAUUGAAGACAAGGUUCGCGGAAAGCAGAGCUGCUGUGACCAGUUUCCAUCCAGAGUUUCGUGUACUCAAGCUGAUUUCUUGUCAGAUGAUAAACACACCUCGUGGUGAACAUCAUGUGCACCAAACAACAAUGUGGAUUCUCCAACACCUGAAAACCUACUCAUGGGAUGCAAAAAUUCUUGUCACUCUAGCUGCUUUCACUCUGGAAUAUGGGAAUCUUUUGUACCUCAUUCAAACUCCAACAUCAGAUCCACUUGUGAACUCACUGAAACAACUGAAUCAAGUUCAGAAUAGAAAAGUCCCCGCCGCUGAUUUGGUGCUACCAAUAACGGAGGUGCUUAAGAACAUUCAAGAGUGGGCAACAUGGUCCUCUGUUGGUUAUGAUUCAGUUGAAGUUCCUUCCUUGUCAGAUGCCUUGCAAGAGAUCCCUGUUCUUGUGUACUGGACUAUUGCUUCCAUUGUUGCUGCUACCGGCAACCUCGUCGGUGUAUCGGACUAUGCAUUAUCACGUUUUACAGAAAGACUUUCUUUGGCUAAUUCUAAUUUGAAGGAACAUCUGAAACUGAGCAAAAAUCAAAUAGAUUCUGUAGAAGAUUACUUGACGCGCAAGAAGGCAUUUUCCAAUCCUAAAGAUAUUGUAGAUUUCUUGAAGCUUCUGAUCCAACGCAAUGGAUCUAAUCUUCUCAUACAUGAUGGCUCCACCAAAAUGAAAACGGAUGUUGAAGUCUUCAGGCAGAAGCAUGUCUUGUUGUUCAUUUCAGGCCUAGACAGGGUUCGAGAUGAGAUUUUGCUGUUGAACUCUAUCCAUGACAGGUUGAAGGAAAAUCCAAAAGAAGUAAUAAAAGGCUUCAAGAAAGAGGAUUUUGUGAUUCUGUGGAUCCCCAUUGUGGAUCUGUGGGACGAUGAACAAGAGCACAAAUUCAACCUUUUGAAGAAUAUCAUAAAAUUCUAUGCAGUGGAGUGUUUCUCUGAGUUGCCAGGCCUUGGGCUAAUAAGGGAGAAAUUUAACUACUGGGGUAAGCCUAUUGUCCCAGUGCUCAACCCUCAAGGAGACAGCAUGAAUGAAGAUGCAAUGGACUUGAUUUUCCAAUGGGGGAUCGAUGCUUUCCCUUUCAGGAAAAGUGAUGGUUAUGAUCUUACUCUCAAAUGGAAGUGGUUCUGGGAUGUCACAAGGAAAGUAAAUCUUGGAAUAGAGGUCAAAGGGGACAGGUACAUCUUCAUCUAUGGAGGUGCUGACAAAAAAUGGGUUCAAGACUUCACAAUGGCAGUGGAGAAAACAAAAAGGCAUGAAACUGUCUUGAGAGCAGAUGUUAUGAUAGAGCACUACCAUUUAGGAAAAGAUGAGCCUAAGAUUGUUCCUCGUUUCUGGAUUGAAAUAGAAAGCAAGAGACUGAAGAAGCACCACCAGGAUCCCCUAGACUGUGAGAUUCAAGACAUUGUCAAGAGCCUGCUCUGCCUCAAACAGGAUCCACAAGGAUGGGCUAUUCUCACCAAAGGCUACAACGUAAAGCUUCUAGGUCAUGGUGAGCCUAUGUAUGAAACUCUUAAGGAUCUUGAGAUAUGGAAAGACAAAGUGCUUCAGAAAGAAGGCUUUGACAUUGCCUUCAAGGAAUACUAUGACACUAAGCUUAAGGACAUGAUUGCUCGUCAACCAUGUGAGUUUCUCAAUGUUGGUAAUGAAAAUGCAAAUGUUAUAGCAACCAUAACAUGCCCAAAUCCCACGUGUGGGCGUGUGAUGGAUGUGACAUCUGUUCAUUACAAGUGCUGCCAUAAUGAUGCUCCAGAAAAUGGCAAGAUCUGAAUCUCAGGAAGAAAAAGAGGUUCCACCAUGAGUUUGCUUUGGCAAAUCAAACUAGUUCUUGUUUGAAAUUUGAAUUCCUAUUAUUGUCUGCUUUAUUGUCUAUAUAUGUGAAGCCUGAUGCCAUGAAACCACUUUGUUUACCCUUCAUAAAUGGGUGGAAAAUAAACCAUGGCUUGGCUUCAACAGUAUGUCUUAUGAAAUUGAAUAAACUUUUGCAUGCGCAGAAAUUGCGCAGCUUUUGUUAUGA